UUGGUUCGCGGUUCGAACAGCACUAAGUUACUUCGGCUUCCGUAGCUGAAAUGAUCCUUACUACACUUUCUUCCAGGCAUUAAUCGUUCAAUUCAUUUCAUUUCCUUUCCAAAACAAACGCAUGUUUUAUCGCGAGUCAGGCAUAACUAACGUUACACCCGGAAGGAAGGAGCAAAGGACUAAAAUACGCCCGUUCAGCUUUAGUGAAUCCGCUGCUAGGGACAUUUUUAACGUGAUCUGUCAUGGUUGAUAGUUAGCACGUACGCUAUCAGUGUAUAGCUCGUUAGCAGAGCUAAUACCGCUUUAUUUGAAGUGUGUUUUUUGGCAAUACAGCGGUAACGAGAUAAGCGCAAAUGUGAACAGUCGCACUUGAUGGACUGCGAUCUUCACUGCAGUUGCGGACGACCUCACGACAGUUGUGUCGAAGUUGGAAAUACGGAAAUAACAGCCAUUUAUGGCCCACUUUAUAAUCAAUUAGCUGUAAUUCAAGUGUUAAAAUACCGUAUAUCGUCGCCUUGUUUUGAAAGGUAAUAAAGUAACGUUAUAUGGCUGUGCGCGCGCCUAUCUAAAGUGGAGAUUAAUAUCUAGGUCGUGCGCGAAGAUUAGUGUUCACAGCAGGAUGUCAAAGGGAUUUGUGAGCUGAGAGAAUAACAAAAACAAAAACAUGUCAUUCUCCCUGUCAUAACGUGCACAAUUUCGCUUUAUAAAAGAAAUCCGUGUGUCGACAUUUGCCGUAGAUAAUAUAGAUGUUUACGCAUUGGAAAAGCAGGCUGUCAAAAUCACUUUACGUUACUGAUCAAGUAGUCUAGAAAUCAGAAACAUCAUGUCAGGGGAAAGUAGUGGUAGUGGCGAGGACUCCGACCAAGAAACCCGCCGUAAAGUUUGCACUGUUAAACACGAGAUCACUAAUGCAAACCUCACCGGAUACACUGAGAAAGUUGGCAUGGAGAACUUUGAACUUCUCAAAGUGCUUGGCACUGGAGCUUACGGCAAAGUGUUCCUGGUCAGAAAAAUCAGCGGCCACGAUAAAGGCAAACUCUAUGCUAUGAAGGUUCUGAAGAAAGCAGCCAUUGUUCAGAAGGCAAAGACUGCUGAGCACACUAGAACAGAGCGGCAGGUACUGGAACACAUCCGCCAGUCACCCUUUCUGGUCACCCUCCAUUACGCCUUUCAGACGCAAACCAAACUGCAUCUCAUACUAGACUAUGUGAGUGGAGGAGAGAUGUUUACUCACCUGUAUCAGAGAGAUCAUUUCUCAGAGGAUGAGGUGAGGAUCUACGUGGGAGAAAUUAUCCUGGCCCUGGAGCAUCUGCACAAGCUUGGCAUUGUGUACCGGGACAUUAAGCUGGAGAACAUCUUAUUAGACAGCGAUGGUCAUGUGGUUCUGACAGACUUUGGGCUGAGUAAGGAGUUUCUAGAAGAGGAGAAAGAGAGGACUUACUCAUUCUGUGGCACUAUAGAGUACAUGGCACCAGAGAUUAUCAGAGGGAAAGCUGGCCAUGGCAAGGCAGUGGACUGGUGGAGUUUGGGGAUUCUUAUGUUUGAGCUGUUGACGGGAGCGUCUCCGUUCACUCUGGAGGGAGAAAGAAAUUCCCAGAGUGAGGUGUCCAAGCGCAUCCUGCGCUGUGAGCCUCCACUCCCCUCGAUCAUUGGCCCCUUGGCUCAGGAUCUCCUGCGAAAGUUACUGGUGAAGGACCCUCAUAAAAGACUGGGCUCUGGUCCCAGAGGAGCCGAGGAGAUUAAGUCUCAUCCUUUCUUCAAGGGUUUAAACUGGUCCGACUUGGCUGAGAAAAAGGUUCAGAGUCCAUUCCGACCAGAACUACGUAAUGAGUUGGAUGUGGGUAACUUUGCGGAGGAGUUUACAGGAAUGGAGCCGGUCUAUUCUCCUGCCAGCACACCACCUAGUACAGACCGUCUGUUUCAGGGCUACUCUUUUGUGGCUCCUUCUAUCUUGUUCAAUAAGAAUGUGGUGAUGGCGGAUGUUCUGGAUGCUCAUGUGAAUGUUGACAGGCCUGGUUCUGCUACAGUUCAGCGCAGUGCUAUGCUAAAGGACUCCCAGUUCUUUCACCACUAUGAGCUGUGCCUGCAGGGGGCUCCACUGGGCGAGGGUAGUUUUUCUGUCUGCAGGAAGUGCAGACACAGGCAGAGUGGCCAGGAGUACGCUGUAAAAAUCAUCAGCAGAAGGAUGGAGGCCAUGACUCAGAAAGAGAUAGCAGCACUACGCCAGUGUGAAUCUCACCCCAACAUCGUCACGCUCCAUGAGGUUUAUACCGAUCAGUAUCACACGUAUCUGGUUAUGGAGUUGUUGCGUGGUGGAGAGCUGUUGGAGCGAAUAAGGAAAAAGAAGAUGUUUGCAGAAUGGGAGGCCAGUCAGCUGAUGAAGAGUCUGGUGUCUGCGGUCAGCUACAUGCAUGAGGCAGGAGUCGUACACCGAGACCUCAAACCAGAGAACGUGUUGUUUGCUGAUGAGUCGGAUGACUCUGUGUUGAAGGUGAUUGAUUUUGGAUUCGCGCGGUUGUUUCCAGCGGGGAGCGGCAGCGCGCCCCUGCAGACCCCCUGCUUCACCCUGCAGUAUGCCGCGCCGGAGCUCUUCCACAGCUCAGGAUAUGACCAGGCCUGUGACCUCUGGAGCCUAGGGGUGGUCCUGUACACCAUGCUUUCUGGCCAAGUUCCAUUCCAGAGUGAGAAAAAAGGAAUGACAUCAUCGCACGCAGCGGACAUCAUGCACAAAAUCAAGGAGGGAGAUUUCUCAUUGGAAGGAGAAGCCUGGAAGGGUGUGUCUGAAGAGGCCAAAGAUUUAGUGAGAGGUUUGUUAACCGUAGAUCCUGAGCGACGGCUGAAGCUCUUGGCUCUGAAAGAGAAUGCCUGGCUUCAGGGAGGUGGCGUCAUGUCCUCCACCCCUCUCUGCACCCCUGAUGUUCUCGAGUCCACCGGCCCAACUGUCCGUACCUAUGUCAAUGCCACCUACAAGGCAUUUAACCGGGGGAAACGUGAGGGCUUUUUCCUUAAAAGCGUUGAUAAUGCACCGCUAGCAAAACGUCGAAAGAUGAAAAUGACCAGUACUGGUGUGGAGACGAGACGCAGCUCAUCCUCCUCCUCAUCUUCCUCCUCUUCCUCAUCCGCUUCCCAUUCCAAGACGCAGAAUUGCCAAUCUUUGAAUCCCCAUGAGGACCCCAAACUGUGACAGCUCCCGUUUGACUGAAAAGCUGCUUUGAUGUGGUGAGAGAAUGUAUUGCAAAAGCAUUACAGGGUGAAAAAGACCUAAAAAAAAAAAAAGACUACGCAAAAUAAUAUAACCUUGAUAUGGCAACAAAUUCAACAUUUAUUGAAGUCUCUGCAGGAGUAAAGCCUUGUGCUGACAAGAUCAACUUGGAUUUUCAAGUCAUUUGGAUUUGGAGGAAAGAGGAUUUUUAUUUUUUUUUUUAUCAAGGCGGCUCUCUGUAAACACAAUGCCAAGGAAAUGAUCUACAUUAUAAAAUAGACUCCAGUGGUGUUUCCUUUGUAACUUCUUUUCCUCGUUUGAGACUGUAGACAUUUUAAUGAAUGUAAAAAUGUUAUAUCAUGUGGUGGGUAUCUACCCGCUUUUAGAGAGAUCUUUUAACUGCAAGAGAUGAUUGAAACGCGUGAAACACGAUCAGGGAAAGCUGAAAUAUUAAAGAAUAGUGGACAAGAGAGCAAAGCCAUACGUGAGAAUUAGAGUGGACUUCUAUUUUAAUGUAUUUUAAUGAUCCACUGAGCAAAGCUUUAUGUGAAUCAUGUACAGUCUAUUUACAUAUCACUACUUUCAGAGUUUUCUCGAUGUUUGCAUGGCUAUAGUAUUUUGAAUGUUUUACAUUUUUUAACAGUUGACCUAUGAAGUCAGACCAUACAAAGUCUCUGAAUCACCAGUUAGAAAUAGAUCCUAGCCACACUUUUGGUGAAUCUCACAAAGACAUGUCAGUUGUAUUUCUCCUCAAAAUCAAAAGAAAAAAUAUAUUAUAUUUUGAGAACAAUUAAAUAUUAAGUCCUACCUGUAUUUGCCGUUACUGCAAUGUGGGGGGCGGGGGAAACCCUCAUUAAUUCAGAUUUCUUUAUUUUUCAUUCAAAUCAGCACAAAUGCAGCAAUAUAUACUUGCAAUUGUUCUUUAAUAGUGUGGGGAAAAAAAUAAAUAUUUUUUAAAUAAAAAAAAAAGAAAAAACUAUAGCCAGAAAUUUCUUGACCGUUUCUGUGAGAUUCACCUUUUUUGGGUUUUUGUUGUCUCUAUCUUUUUACCUUGUGUCUUAUUGCUAGUUAUCACGUGAAGUGUGUAGAGAUCACUUUAUAUACCAUCUCUAACUUACUUGAUCGGUUUGGUUAUAUGAAUCGCUGGCUCUAAAAACCAGAUGUGGCGUUUGCUUUUAUCAGUGUACUUGAAAUGUGCUUCAUUAAUAGUGUGCACAGUCUUGUCUCUUCUACUGAGCUGAGGGAUCCCAACAUCCACUGCCUGUUCAACUCUGCUAUCCGUCGACCAUAAGGGCUGAGGUUCACAAGACAGCAAUCAAUCCCUCACGUUCUUAAGGGCUUUCACAAUCGCACAUCCACGCUGUAAUCGAGUGACCCUCUUGCACUGUGAUGAGUGUGAGAGAAGAUGGCACUGGCAUCCCUCCCUAUUUGCCUUUUUUAUUAACCGUCUUCACGGCCAUUAGUCUUGCAAUAUUUUGACUUGAUGUACAAGCAUUCAGACAUUUUAGUGUGGAGUCUUUCUGCUGUAUGUGCUGUGUAAAUCCACCGAACGACACUUAGGAUUCAGACUGCGUGUUGAGCUGACUGUUUUAUUAAGAUGCAAACAGGUGUCGAGGCCCAGUAAAACACCUCCAGCAAUGUUAUAUAAACUCUGCUUUUCUUUUAAGAGGUGUGAAGCUGGCAGGUAUGAACAAUUUAACGGUCAAACGGAUUGUUUGGCACUGUUUUUAUUGAAAUAACAUAUUCAUCAUUUGUUUGUGCCAAAAUAAUCAGUUAAUGGAGGGGUAAUAUUGUCUGUAAUAUAGUUUUUCACACAAGAUGCACUAGUCUGGGUUUUUUAUGCCUUCAUUGUUCACAAGCGAUGCUUCUGUCAGCUUUUCAUUGAUGGAAACAGUGAAACUGUUUGUGAAAAGACUGGAACAAAUUCAGCACAUUCUGAUGCGUAUCAUCAAGGGGUUCAAAUGCAGAAUUUUGCUCCGCAUCUGCAAUCAAAGUAUCUUUCAGAUGUAAUCAGCAGAGUUGCAUCAUGCCGUGUGAUGAAAAUAGCUUUGACUUUAGGCCUUUUAAAGAAUAGUUCACCCAAAAAAUGACUUUGCAUCCAAGAUGUAGAUCCAAGUUUGUUUCUUCAUCGGAACAAAUUUUGGGGAAAUUUACGGACUAGAGUUGUGUGGAUUAUUGUGAUGUUUUUAUCAGCUGUUUAGACGCUCAUUCAGAGGAUCCAUUGGUGAGCAAAUGAUGUGAUGCUACAUUUCUCCAUAUCUGUUCUGAUGAAGAAACAAACUCCUCUACAUCUUGGAUGGCCUGAGGGUGAGAAAAUUUACAGCAAUUCUUUUUUUUUUUUUUUAGGUGAACUAUUCCUUCAAGGGAUGAUAUAUCAACGAACACAGUGAUUUUACACUAUUGUUUUAAGUAAAUCUGAAUCAUUUUGAUUUCUUUUGUCACAGGUUUGUCAUGUCAAUGUGUUUUGGGCUUUAAAAAAACAGUAAUUUUUGUAUUUAUUUCUUGUAACUUGCUCUUUAUAUCUUUAUUCACAGUGUUAUGGCUUUUUGCUUAAUGUAGUUUAGUUUAUUUUUGUUUGUUUAAUUUGUCAGUUGGAACAAGUCAUCUGCUCUUAUUAGAUCAUGCACUGCCUUUUUUUUGUGGAAGUUCUAUAAAUGUACAUUUUUGAUCGCAAAAGUUUUACUAGACACGAUUUGAUGUCUACAGUUUAAGGGUGAGCUUGCCGUGUCUCUUUAUGGCUUGAGUGUGGUCUGAGUAUAUUAUGUUAUGUUAGGGUUCUGAUUUGCAUGUUUUGUUUUCUUUUUUAAAAAAAACAAAAUCUUUCCUGAUAACUUAAAUGUUCCCAUCUCUGCCAAAAAAUUGUUUUGUAAUAAAAAAAGAGAAUUAUAGAACAGAAAUGAAAUACACUGUUAUAAGAAUAAAUGAGAUGCAUUGUUGUGCAUUAAGAACAUUGCUGAAUCCAAAGCAUAAAAUAUAAAAAUAUACUACACUCUAA